GAAAUAGCUACUGAAAGAGGGCUAUUUUUGUCAAAUCAAUGUGAUUUCACAGUCACCAGUUGGGUUCUAGUGGUCAUUUGAGCACGUGAGUUGCACCUAUUGUGGUACUAGAAAGCUAAGACUGAGAGCUCUUUCAUGAUAUUCAUACUAUUAUACUUAUGGGAAUGUUCCUGUAUUGGUUAUUCUUGUUCAAAAGAGGUGCACMAUACUGUAUCAUUGUCAAUAUUUUGUUUCUUGUGCUAAUAGACGUGUAAUUUUCAUGUACAAAUAUUUUUUUCACAACACACAUAAUGAUUAUUUCUAGUCUCUAGUAUCCAUUCUACUCCGUAAAUUCAAUUGUCAAACCUUUGAGUAAAUAGGGGAUACUCUUUGUAUGGACACCCAAAACAGUCACAGGGUACAUCUAUUUCUGGAUGGAGACUAGAUCUCUAAUAUGUACUACCUCGUCUGUCCAGAUAUAAUAGUACAGUUUGUACCUCUUCAGUUGAAAUAAGCUCAAUAUUUGGGCAAUUGGAUUGGUUCUUUUUUUGUUUAACAGAUCUAUUAUAAAUGUAUACUACAAGUAUAGUAGAGAUCAUGUUAAUUGAAAGUGUCUGACAUACUUGUGGACUGUACCAUUGUUGUCAUUUAAUUGUCUCACGUGGUGUUAAUUCUAGACUGUUUAUUUCAUGUGCAAAAAUAAUUUUAUUCAUGUGGAUGCUCAUUUUUAUCUACAGUACUGAUUCUACGUGUUGUACACUUAAGUAGUACUGGACAAUUAUUUCUGGAAAAAUUGAGUACUGCAAAGUGUACUAUUAUAUCUGGACGGAGGUAGUAGUAGCAAAUAUUUGAUUUUUUUUUGUGAAAAUGACUUUGAGAUUUUGCUAGUGUUUGUGUGGGGUUUGUCAAAAAACAGGCAGAAUUUUGAAUUUUGGUUCCAAGAACGAGUCAAUUCAGAGUAAAAUUACAUCUAGAAUUAACGCAUGAGUUAUUGCCACCCACUACUGUAACUUUGGCUGACUAGUUCUAAGCUGCUAGAGCAUCCUUUGGCUUCUCGCUUUGUAGUGGGAUGGAAGUUUUCUUGAGUUUAAGAACAGUACCGGUACGCAGGGGUCAUAAUUAAGAGGGGUGCUCAUCACGUCAAAACUCAUAUUUUAUGUUAGGCACCAGCAAUAACAAGAAAAAUUUCCCCCCAGCAGGGAUUUUUUUCAAUUUCAUUUUUACUGCAUACUAGUAUCACUGCAAAAAGUGUAGUACCUCAAAAACCCCAUGCACAGGAACAGCACUUCCAAUCACUCUCUGACUUUCAAACUUCACAUGCACAUCUCUCAUGUAGUUGAGAGUCCUCAAGUAGUAGUAAGUAUAUUUUCACUGUUAUUGCUCUCUCCAGUUCAAACUUUAAGGUGCUGCUGACACAGGGCUUGCAAGGCUAGUGGUACUAGUAACAGACUGGUACUGUAUUUGCAGUAGAAAUAGUCUGUCCUUUGUCCAGCCAGCCCCACCAGUCUAGUCCUCAGCAAAAAUUCGAACUGUCUGUCCUUCAUCCGUUUCUCCAACUAAUUCCCCAGUAGUAAUUUCUACUAAUAAUCUAGUACUACUAGUCAAUAUUCAACAGUGCUGAAAAGGUACACUAUCAUUCCAUUUGAUACAUAAAAUAUUGGCAUAUUCAGAAUCCUCAUGAAAAAUUUGGCUAGAUGGUGAACUCAAAAAUUCUAAUGGUAGUAUUUUUGAUAAUGUUAUAGCUAACUGCUUAAAGGUUGGAUAGUUUUACUAGUAUUAUGCAGUAAAAAUGAAUUUUAAAAAAAUCCCUUGGGUGAAAUUUUUCUUAUUGGUGCCUAACACUUAGCAGCAACGAAACUGCAACUCAACGAAACUGCAACUUUUCUACCAAACACUACGUAUUUAACAAGUAAUGGACUAAAUUUGUACUUUAAUUCAAAUUAGUACUAGUACUACUACUAGGAGGACUACUACUAGUACUGGUGAUACUACUAGGACCUCCUACUUAUACCAAAAGUUUCAGCAUAAAAAUUCUAUAACACAACUACCCACUGAACCCAACAUGUUCAUUAGGAUGUUAAGACAUGUUCUGCAAAAAACUAGGUCGUAAUUGGAUGCUUAGUUGCUUUUUUACACCACAAUUAAGUUUGCAGUGUAGAUUGUGCAGUUUUUUACAUGCAUUUAACACGUAAGGGACUAAAUUUGUACUUAAUUGCAAAUUUGCAGUUUCGUCGCCGCGUAGAACAUGGAAUAUGAGUUUUUCAAAAAAUGCUGGAAAACACUGCACGUCUUCGCGGGCGUUGCGUUGCGCACCCCUCUAAAUUAUGACCCCUGCCGGUACGUACGGUACGGUACUGUAUUGCUGUUUUUGCGGGAUUGAAUCAGAGGAUCUUCGCAUGACACGGGAAGAAUCAAAGUCUCUUACGGAAGGACGUUUUGGGAGCGUUCGGAAAGUCUCAACGGUAGCAUUUGGCGAUAUCAUUGGUCUUUCUUUAAAGCGAGCCUGCACGGAGACUAAUACUUCCGACAAAAACGCGGGGGCAAUUCUGUUUUUAGGCAUGACCUUUUGAAUUGGGCACGCACCGAAUUCAAACAUUCUUUUUUGUGAAUGGCCCGGUGUCUUACCGUACGUACGGUAGUACCGCACGAACCUCUGUUGCAACCGAAAACUGCACGAUUGUCGUCUUUCCAAUGUAUCAGAAGAGGUAUGUUUUGGAGAGGAGCUAGAAUGCGCAGUCAUGCAACAAAUUGAUCUGUAUUUAGUUCAGCGUUGAUGAAUGGAAAAAAUUGUGAUACAGAACACUCGAUGAUACAGACCGUACCUGCCCCGGCUGAGAAGGAGACGAUGGAAGCAGCAGCCCAAAAUGAAGAGAAGUCCUCCUACUCGAAGCGUUCCAACGUUGUGGAGUUGUGGAAAAAGAGAGAGGGAACUAUAAAAGCUGCCAACAUUGCAUCUAGCGAGAGGGCACGAGGCAACGAAUGUGAAGAAAAAAAGGAAACAAGCCAGUGGGUUGACUUCGAUUCUAUACAAGACUCGAGACAGCAAGAAAAAAGUUCUACCCCACAGGGUGGCUCAGAGAGAAAUGGACCAGAAUCUUUUUCUGAUGCGUUCUUUGAUUGGGACACAGAAAACAUGAAUAAUGACUUUACUGCACCUCGAAGGUCUAGUGUCAGAGACUCAUGGAAGAAGAAGGCAGCGACUAUUCCCUCGCCACAACCAUCACCUCGUGUUGGAGUUACAAGAGACACAAUAUCUUUACAAUGCGAGACUGGUGAUCCCGAACCAGAAAGUGCGCCUGAGAGCAAGGAAAUCCCACCCACUACAUCCGGAGUAGUGAGGUCACCAUCUACCGUAGUGAGGUCGAGCUCAUUCAAAUCUCCAGUAGUUAGGUCUAGCUCAUUCGCAAAUAAUCGCAUUGCUGGAAGUCCACAAGCGUCUGGCUCGUCCGCGUUUGAUGAGUUAAAAUCGAAAUGGGCCAAGUUUGGGGUCCGCAAGCAGAAUGAACAAGGAAACGGAUCAUCACAAUCCACACAGCGUUUGAGUGAGUUACCUUCGAAAGUUAUUGUAUCACCUAGCGAACCUUCUCAAAACGAUGUUGGAACGAAAGAAAUUCCACAGAUAGACAAUGAACAACAAAAGAAAAUUUCGGGCCACGGGUCUCAAAGCUCAAAUGGCGAAAACGUCGGAGCAGCGAAUACCAAAACUGCGAAACCAGAAAUCAAGGAAACUGAACCACUCAUGCCACCUCAGGCUUCGAAUGACUUGAAAAAAAGUUUGUCUCCUUCAUCUUCAGCUGCACGCCGAUUGGGUUCAAAAUCAUUCCGAUCGAAGUACGGCCGAAAACCGAUUCCCUCUUUGAAUCGUGCUACUGAAAAGGCAGCACACGACACUAAGAGCCCUACAACAAAAGAAGACCCGGGACAGAAGAUUAGCAGUCCUCCCGUACAGAAAAUUUCGCCUGAUUGCUCUAAACCGUCAAUUGAGAAUCCAUCUUUUCCACUUGACGAGUCGACCCAGAACGAGCACAAUAUGUCUCCAAGUUCGAACCUUUCCAAAUCUUUGGGGCCGAAUCUUUAUGGUCGUUCUCGUUCUUUCGAUCCAAGGUCAAAACACGUCAGCGCCCAAUCCACCAUGUAUACCUCAGGAUCAGCAGACGACUCAACAGUCAUAAAGGAGGGAUCAGCUACUGUUUCUCGAUCUGCUCUCAGUUCUCGAGCUAGUCGAAGACUCCGUGAUAUCCGUCAGAGCCAGAGACAACAAAUGCAAAAGAAAGACGCCAACGAAAAUGCUUCGAAAGAAACCCUAUCAAAAAGUCCAAUAUCGACCGAUAAGUCCKGGCUCACUAGGGCAGAAACCAAUCCUUUACUGGAAUCUCAGAUUGAGGAACCUGGUCGUAUUCGUUCACGGACUUCGUCUUCAAUACAAAAAUCAAGAACGCAGGAAUCACACGGAGGCAACACCUUCAUUUCAGUGGAAGAGUCAACUACACUCAGCCCGAGUUUUUGUUCGGAAGGUACCUUUGGAAAUUCACAAAUGCGCUUUAAUCACGCCACCGAGUUGAAUUCUGGUAAUGAAACCUCAUUAGAUUCCAAGCUUGGUCCAACUUCUCCCCUUCAUAACGUUGUCCCAGACAUGAACGAUAUGAUACCUGACGAGUUUGUCUCUGAAAAGAAUGCUAAUUUCGAGUCUUUCAAGACGGCGUAUGAUAAUACUAGCCUAAGCCAAAUCGCAAGAGAUAUGACGGAGGAGGCAAGCAAGAUAUUUGAACUUGACAUUCAUGCUGCUAUCAACAAUUUGGGAGAUAUGUUUCAGAGCCAGUCGCCGAGGAAAAUGGCCGGAAGAGCGCCUAGUCCGGUCGAGGAAGUCGCUAUUGAGGUCGAGUAUGUUGCUGAUGAUUAACUCAGACGAAAGAAGCACUUUUUGUGGUAAAAUUGAUUGGGAUAAAAAUGUCUGUAUUUUGUUCCAUGCAACUUGAAUUUACGACACCUUGAAGUCGCUGAAGCAA